GAAAGUAUUGUUGUUCGAAUUUUGUAGUAACUUAUAAAUAACGAAGAAACAACAAAUAAUGGAUAAUACAGAGUCUGCGGAAAUGUCUGUUGAUGAAGGUAAGGCCGAUGAGUUGGCGGAGCACGUUGAAAUAACCAGUAAUACAGAUGAACCUACAAUAGCAAGUCCCCAAUCAGAACCUAAGCCUACAGUUGCGCUUGCAGAAGACACGGGCGUAUCGAUGGAGUUUCAAGAAAAUUUAAAAGAUGUUUCCAACAUUGUUGCAAAUGAAAAACCGGAAGUUGAACCUGUUGCGUGUGUUCCACGAGAACUGAUUGACGACCAUUCAUCUAAUCUUAUAGAAUCUUCAGAUACAGCUGCUGAAACAAAUGCUAAAACAGCCUCCACCGACCUUAAUGCAGAAACAGUUCCCUUAACACCUUUGGUUACAGUAGGUUUGUCGGAACAAGAAACGCUCACAGAACCAAAUGCCGAUUUGAUUAAUGCAAAUGUGUCGCUCACUCGAAAUACACAAUCAAAUACGUCGAAUGCUUUGGGUUUGUUGGCGACUUAUGACUCUGGCUCAGAUUCGGAUGUGGAGGAAAUUUGCAAUAGUGACAAUGAUGAACAUUCUGUUUUGGAGGUGCCCGUGGCAAAUCUCAGGGACCAUCGUAUUCCUGUGGUGGCCGUCAGUUCUGGUAGUGAGAGCAGUGACAGCUCAGACUCGGAUUCCGAUGGCGAGUAUCUGACCGUGCUGCGUAAAGAAAUUGAAAAAUCUACGAAAACAGAUGACUGUGACGAUGAUGAUGACGACGAUGAUGGGACGGGGGGCGAGCGACCACGACGUCGUCAGCCACCAAAAGUGCGUGGAGAGCUGCUACUAGAUGAUUUGCCACCAAUACAACAAUUAGAGAUCACAGUUCCUGAGGAUGAAUGCAUUGAGUUGGGGAAGGUGCACUCGAUUGUUGAUCAGCUGGUGUUAGUAAGCGUAUUGCCGAAUUCCAUGCUUUUUGAUCUCGACACGGUUCUUUUCCUUGAAAAGGGACGCAAGGUUCUUGGUGAGGUGUUUGACGUGCUUGGCCAAGUGACCGAUCCCAUAUAUUGCGUUCGGUUCAAUAGCAACAAACAGAUUUUGGAACGUGACAUUAAUCUAGGAGACAUUGUUUAUUGUGCUCCCAAAUCUGAGCACACACAGUUUGUAAUACUUUCAAAGCUAAUGCAGAUACGCGGAUCGGAUGCAUCGUGGGAGCAUGAUGUCGAACCGCCCACACGCUACAUAGACUACUCCGACGAUGAGGCCGAGCGGGAGGCGCGUUUUGACCGGCGUAGGAAACACCGUGAACGUAUCAACUCAGCUGAUUCUAAUGAAUCUGUGACAUCAACUAGCGCCAGCACGAGCACAGCAGAGCCGACGGCCGCACCAAUGCGUCGACGCAGGCGCGGAAACCAGCGCGAGCCGCAAAGUUGUGGCAGCUCUGUGGGAGCACAAGACUCCCGAUCUCGUUCGCAAUCGCGUGAUUCACAAUAUAACUACCACCCGAGCUACAAUCCAGGAAGCUGGCAUUCCAAAUACUAUCACAACAAUCACCCGAAUUACCCACAUCCACCCAGCGCUAACUUUAAUAUGCUUCCUCCAGGCAUGCACUUUCCAAUGCCCACCCACGGCUACGGUAUAAUGCCAUUCCCAUAUGCCAUGCCCCCGGCCUUUAUGCCAAUGCCAACGCCCAGGCAUAUGUUCCAACAAUAUGGCCAUCCACCGUCAACAGAACAACAACCGCCUGAGUAGGGAAACUUGAAAAUGAUUUGUAUGCUUUAAUUACUUUAAUAAAAACUGUUGUACAUACAUAAAUGUUAAAAUGCAUAAAUGUG